UUACAACAACAAUUUUCAAGCUAGUAUUGGAAUGGCACCAUAUGAAGCCCUUUAUGGAAGAAAGUGCAUAACACCCUUAUGUUGGGUAGAAACUGGUGAAAGAAAGAUAAUUGGAACUGAAUUGGUAGAUGAGGCUACUAGCAAAAUCAGAUUGAUUAGAGACAGAUUAAAGGCAGUUCAAGACAGGCAACGGAAAUAUUAUGAUGCAAAGCACCGGCUAGUGGAAUUUGAAGUUGGAGAGUUUGUUUUCUUAAAAGUUAGCCCAAUGAAAGGUGUUCAAAGGUUUGGAAAAACAGGGAAGUUGAACCUAAGAUUCAUAGGUCCCUAUGAAAUCAUUGAAAAGAUUGGGAAUAUGGCAUACAGAUUGGAUCUACCAGCACACAUGCAAGGAAUUCAUAAUGUGUUUCACAUAUCAGUGCUUCGGAAGUAUGUCUCAGAUGAUUCAAAGAGAAUACAGUCCAAAUCGAUUGACUUGCAGCCUGAUUUGAUAUAUAUUGAAGAACCAGAAAGGAUACUGGAAUAUGAUGUAAAACAGUUGAGGCAUAAAGCAAUUCCUUUUGUGAAGAUUUUAUGGAAACAUGGAUUAGAAAGAGAUGCCACCUGGGAGCGAGAAGCUGAAAUGAGGAGUCAAUAUCCUCAUCUUUUUAACUAAGGUAUGUUUCAUUAUACUUGUUUAAUUUUGAGGACAAAAUUUUUUAAGGAAGGGAGAUUGUGACAACCGGUUCUUCCGGUCGGUUCAAUCGAACCGGCCGGCUCACCCUUUUAAUACCGCGGAACAGACAGUUCGCGGAACAGAACUGUUCGCGCGAACAAAGAAGGGCGGACGGUCGGGACUUCACGCGAGAGCAAGGUAGGAUUCGUUUUCUUCCAAUUUUAGCAAAUGAUUACCUUCUAGGAUAAGAAAUAACGAUUCCUUUUCAUUCUUAUCGUUAUCAGAGUGUUAUUUUGGGAGAAAUUGAAGAACAAGAGAAACGGACGAGAAGGAUUAAGAGAAGAAGGUUUGUUGAAUUUCUUUCGAAUUU